AUGGACGGAGGCGGCGGAACGACGGGUUUGGAGGAUCAGACGACGGGCGGGGACCAGAGCGUGGCGACGCCGAUGACGGAGCGGAAGCGGGAGAAGCAGAUGGAGGUGUUCGUGGGCGGGCUGGACAAGGACGCGUCGGAGGAGGACGUCAAGCGCGUCUUCGGCCGCGUCGGGCAGAUCGCGCACGUUCGCCUGCCGCGCGACGCCGCGACCGGGCGCAACAAGGGCUACUGCUUCGUGCAGUACGCCACUGAAGGCGCUGCGCGCCGAGCUGCCUCUGAACUGGACCGAAUACUGGGCGCGUGUGCAGGUGCGGGGGAGGCCGGUGGGGUGUUGGGCGGCGAGCAGGAGGACACGCUGUUCAUCGGGAACAUCAACAAGACGUGGUCCAAGGCCAAGAUAGAGGCGGUGCUGGCGGGGGCUGGCGUGGGGGCGUGGGAGGCGCUGACGUUCAUGGAGGACCCGCAGCACGCAGGGCACAACCGCGGCUUCGCCUUCCUCGAGUUCGCCUCGCACCGCGCCGCCGCUGCCGCCAAGCAGCGCCUGCAGCAGGCGGACGUGAGCCUGGGCGUGGACCGCCCUCCCCGCGUGUCGUGGGCCGCGCCCCUCAACGAGCCCGACCAGCGCGUCAUGGCACAGGUGCGUGGGGGCGAUGGUAGGCAUGGGGUGUGGGAUGCUGCUGAUGCGACUGUGAAGAGCAUUUUCGUGGACGGCAUGCCGCCCUCGUGGGACGAGCCGCGGGCGGCGGGGUUUUUCGGGCGGUACGGGCAGAUAGAGCGCGUGGUGCUGGCGCGCAACCUGCCGUCCGCCAAGCGGCAGGACUACGGCUUCAUCAACUACACCACCCGCGAAGCCGCCCUCGCUGCCAUUGCCGCCCUCAACGGCUCACAAGUCGUCGAUGGAAACUUCCAGAUGAAGAUGCGUGUGACUCUAGCAAAGCCGCAGGACCGCAAGCCGCGCCACCCGCCUCCCGGCGGCAGGGCGGGAGGGGGGGAGCAGCGCCGCGCGGACUUUGGGGACGGCAGCGUGACGGCACUGCUGGAGGCGCUGAGGGAGCAGGCAGAGCGCGAGGAGCGCGGGGAGGGCGCGCAGGGGGCGCAAGCUGGGGAGGGGGAAGGCGCAGGGGCGGAGGGCAAAACGGAGCAGGAGGGAGGGUUGGCAGGGAGUGCAGCGGCGGCAGUGGAAGCAGCUCUGGCAAACGAAUCCAAGGGCGCAGGCGAUGGGGAGGGGGACGCAGAAGGGGAAGCAGAGGAAGGGGCAGAGGGGGAGGCGGGGACGCCAGGGAAAGCGCAAGCGGGGGAGAGGGAGGGGAAGAACACGGCAGGGCUGAAUCGCUUCGAUGUGUGCGGUGUGUGUGUUUGGGUCGGACGACGAGAGCGAGUACCUGUCACACCAGCUGUCGCGCGUGCACAGCAUUGUGAGCAUGUUCGGCAGGACCUCAAGCUGUCGAACAAGACGCCCCUCAGCAUGCUGAACGAGCUCGCCAUGCGCAACAAGAUCGAGCUUCACUGGGCGGCGGCCCCAACGCCCAUCCCGUGGGUGUGUGGCGAGGCGCGCGCGGGCAUGAAGCUGCGCGCCAAGCAGAUGGCGGCGGCAGCGGCGCUGGAGGCGCUGCUGCAGGCGGGCGUGGGGGAGAGCGAGCUCACCCGCCCGGGGCAGGCGCGGCUGAAGCAGAUGGGCAAGGGCAAGGGCGGCAGAGGCUCGCCUGGAGGGGCGCAGCGCGGGGGGCGAGGGGCGUAUGGCGGGCGCGGAGGGGGGGAUAGGGGCCGGGCGGAUAGGGAUGGUGGGGGGUAUGGGGGGUGGGGGACAGGGGACGUGGAAAGGCGAGUGGGUGGGUAUGGUUCGUUGGGGGUGUAUGGGGGAGGGGCGAUCGGCACGGGCCUCUUGCUCCUCCCGCUGCCCCACCGCUGGGUGCGGGCUUGGGGGCAGCGGCAGGGGGAUAUGGUGCUCCCAGCACGGGUUAUGCCGCCUCUGGGGCUGCAUAUGGUGGCCAGUAUGGUGGCGCGCAGUACAGUGCGGUUGCAGCAGUACGGUGGCAAGUAUGGGGGGGCUUCGUACGGUGGGUCUCCAUACGGUGGGGCGCAGUAUGGAGGGGCGGCAUACGAGGGGCAGUAUGGGCGGGCAGAGGGAGCAGCGAGUGGAGGGAAGCGGCCGUACCCCCCUGCUGACAACCCUGACGGCCUUGUGAGCCACUUCCCGCCCCACCUAUCCGCCCCUGCCCUCGCCUUUCCCCCUAGGCCUCGCUGUUCCUCCCUCGUGCCCUCCUUCCCCGUCAUUCAAUUUCCUCCGUCCCAUCACGCCAGCCAGCGACCACGCACCGACCCCUACGCUCCCGCCGCUCCCCCCACACGCUCUGCCUACUCCAACCCCCCCGCCCGCACACCCCUACAGCGCGCCUCCGCCUCCCCACCCCUACUCCACGCCUCCCGCUCAUCCCUACACCAACCCGCCACCAACACACCCGCCCCCCUCCAACCCUCCUUCCUCCUACCCCUCUGCGCACACCUACCCCGCCCCACCCUCUUACCCGCCGUCCUACUCCUACCCUCCUGCCCCUUCUGCUCCAUACGGCACUGGGGGUGCAUCAUCCGCCCCAGCCGCAGCACCACCACCAGCGCCACCCCCGUACUACCAGCAGCAGCACCCGCAGUCACAGCAGGCGGCCGGGGCGGGCAGUGGCAGCAGCGCAGGCGGUGCAGAGCGGUGAGUGCUGCUGUGAGAGGCGCUGGUUCAUCUCCUACGCACACUCUCACCACUACUCGACCCAGCCGCAGCAGCAGCCCUAUCAGCAGCCGUACUCACAGCAGCAGCCGCCACCCCCCGCAGCAGCCAUAUCAGCCACCAUACCAGCAGCCACAGCAGUACCAGCAGCCACAGCAGCAGCAGCAGCAGCAGCAGCAACAGCAGCGGCAGCAGGCUUAUGAUCAGAAGCCCCCCACAGCCGCCGCAGCAGCAGCAGCAGCAGCAGCAGUCGGCAGCAGGGGGGGCAGAGAGAGGCCGUGGUGGAGAGGGAGGGGGGCAGCAGCAGGAGGUGAAGCGAGAGGGGGGAGGACAGGGGGUCUAUGCAGGCGGGCCGCCCCCUCCCAGCACUGCAGGCGGUUACAGGGGUGCAUAUGGGGGCACCGCCGCCCCGCCCAGUCUCAGCCGCCACCGUCUGCUGGCCAGUCCCCUGCGCCUGCGGGUGGUGCGGGCGGUGGCGGGGGGGCAGCGGGUGCAGGCGGUGCGACGGGGACGAGUGCGUACGGGCAGUAUGCGUCGGUGCCCACCACCUACUACUGA